GGAAAACUCACAGAAUUGGCGGUGCUGACUUCGACAUCUCCCCAAGGAGUUCUGGAAGGCAACUACAAUGCAAACCGUUCACAAUCCUGCAGCUGGAAUACCACUCCAAAUCCGGUCACUCCACCAGCCUGCACUGGUCUUCAAGCCCUUAUUUCCGCUGCAGCUCUUACAGCAUCUCCAUUGUUAAGUGACGGGGUUAACGGUGAUAACCAUGUUACCCCUUCGUGGGACCUCCGCCAGUCGUCUCCGUGUCUUCCACUGGGGCUUCAACCCCUACCUCAGCAGAAAAUUGAGACUCCAAAUGAACCUACCAGGCGACGCAAUGGAACCACUCGGAGUCCAUCGAGUCAGUACGAUGAUGAACGGUAUAGGGAGCGGCGACGCAAAAACAAUGAGGCGGUUCGUCGGUGUCGGGAGAACAAACGGGCACGUCUCUCAAUGCGUGACGAAGUAACAGGACGCCUCGAAUCCGACAACACCCUUCUACGCCUAAAACUAGAUGGUUUGAACUCAGAAGUAAGGGCUCUACGUCACCUCCUCCUGGCUGGACAACAACAGAUUGUUGCUCCACAGGCUUUGAAGGACGAAUCUCAGCCCAGAGUGGAGAGCAAUUCCUGCUUAGCUGACUCAAGACCCCAGUCAGAUGUGGUGGAAGUGAAGCCACCACCGAAGUACGCUCUUCCCAAGAAAGGCAUUCCACGCGUUCCCAACAACAACACCCACCUUCCACCUUUAAAACGCCGCAUCACCCUCCCACCACUAUUCAAUCCACUGUCUGGGGCUGCCGGAAGUGGGAUUGCUGUUCCAAUUGAAGGCACAAACGGUGCCACAGACUGA